UUUGGCUCAUCAAUAUUUCAUUCCUACAAACUAUAUAUGUAGCCGUGGUGUUACUUCUCAAAUAGCUUAUUAGUUUAUUAAUUUGUCACUGUCUUCAUAGGUUUAACAAGACAACUACGACUCUCUAUCAUAGAGAUUACUUCAGUCAUUGUAAGUUGUAUACUAAACUUACGAUAAACACUGCACGACCGACAAGUUUACCGCUAUUUUGGAGAAUGAUAGUAGCAUCAUCACUGUUCUAUCUCGUGACAUUUACCCAGAGUUGUUGUAUGUGUACAUUACACUAAUUCGUCUUUCUGUCAUUAAAACAGCUUUAUCUCCACUAAUUUUCCAGCUAGCUCAGUGUUAUUGUUUAAUCUUUUGCGAUUCUCCCCUUCACUAUUAACACAAUCAUUGUAAUCAGAACCGUACAGUCAAAACACCUUCCUGUUCGUAUCGUAUUCUCCUAUUAACACUGUAUCAAACCCAUUAAAGUACAGUUAGGUGUGAGUUCUAACAUAAACACUUUGAAGAUUAUACAUUUACAAAACGCGUCAAAUAUUUUUCAAUCUUAAUUGUCAACAUCAACAAUCGGGUGAUAAAUUGUUGGCCCUGUAAAAUGACAUUGGCCAACAUUUCCUUCACAAUACCUGUUUACCGACAUCGUCAACAUUGUUCGCGGCAUGGCUGGUAUUUAAUUCGUAGCGGGUGAAUGUACUAGCUACCCGAGAAGUGAACUCAACUGUGUUGCAAUGUGUCAGGCGGCGAGCUUUAAUACUUUAUAUCAUAUCUGCGUCCAGGACAGUGACGAUAAGGACGUGACACAUGAACUAGAAAUCCGGAUUUUAUAUCCAGCACCAUUCCAACAUGGCAGCAGCUCACAGUGACCAGGAAAUCGACGAGCUGAAGAUCCACACCACCACUGCGUUUGACUGGGAGGCUGAGAAGAGGAAAAAUACAAACGUAUUUGACGAUGGAACAAACACAUUUUUCUGGAGGGCCCAUACCAUCACGGUUCUCGUCGUAUUCAUCGGCAUUCUCGUCUACAUUGCCAUAUUCGAGGAGCCUAUCAGUAACCCAGACUACAACAGCAAAAGGGGUGUGGCUGCUGUUGUUCUUGCCUUCCUGCUGUUUGGAGUUACCAUGACACCGGACGGACCGUUCAAACGUCCACAUCCAGCGAUGUGGCGUUUGGUCCUGUGUGUGAGCAUUGUCUACGAGUUAGCUUUGGUGUACCUCCUAUUCCAGACUCCACAAGACGCUAGAAACCUGCUGCGACAUAUCGACCCCAGCCUUGGCAAGCCUCUACCAGAGAAAAAUUACGGAGGCAACUGUUACAUAUACGACUCUGAUAAUCCUGACCCUUUCCAUAAUCUCAAGGAUAAAGCCGACUUGUUUGUGAUAUCGCACUUUCUUGGCUGGUGGGCAAAGUCGCUGUUUCUGCGAGACUGGUGGAUCUGUACUGUUUUGAGCGUUAUGUUUGAGGUACUGGAGUACACCCUCGAACACCAGCUCCCUAACUUCUGCGAGUGUUGGUGGGAUCACUGGAUAAUGGACGUGCUGCUGAGUAACGGACUAGGGAUAUAUGUUGGGAUGAAGACCGUUAAAUACUUAAACAUGAAACCAUACCACUGGCGAGGCAUGUGGAAUAUCCCAACUUACCGGGGUAAGAUCAAGCGGUUAGCCAUGCAGUUCACACCCUACAGCUGGACAGAAUUUGACUGGCAGCCUCUAUCCAGUCUUCGGCGAUGGUUAGCUGUAGUAGUCCUCAUCGGACUGUUCCUGAUGGUGGAAGUGAACGAUUUUUACGUCAAGUAUGUGCUGUGGAUUCCGCCUUCACACUACCUCAACGUCAGUAGGAUCGUGUUGGUGCUCUUCAUGGCUGCUCCGUCCGCCAGGGAGGCAUUCCAGUACCUAGACGACCCGACGUGUAAGAAGAUGGGGAGACAGUUUUGGUUGAUCACUGUAAUAUCCAUUACCGAAGUACUUAUGGCCUUUAAGUUUGAGUGGGAGACUGUCACAAAGCCUAUUCCUCGUAACAUCGCUUACAUGUGGCUUCUAGGACUGUUUGCCUUAAUUCUACUAACAAUCUGGAAGUUCUACAUCUACCGUGACGUCAAAAACGAUGUGCCCUACUCUCAUAUUGAAUACAGACGCAGACGGGCGAUGAAUGAACGAAAAACCACCACAAGUGACGCUGAUGACUCUAGUGCAUUCCAGUUCGAAGCGAGACAACGACGCCUGCUUGAAAGGCCGACGAAUGGCAAAACGACCGACCAAGGAAAAAACGAUUGACUUGUAAUAUGAUAGCCUUGGGAGGUCAAAAAAUAGUAGGAUGGCCGACUAACAGCAUGCCUGCCGACCAAUGAUAAACAGUCGACUAAUGAAAAUGGUGCACACUAGUAAUAGAACGCCUCUUUAAUGAUGGAAUAAGUCAUCGAUGAUAAGAUGACUCGUGCCAUUGAGGAGAGAACGGUCGAUGAUAUGACGGCCUCUGAUCAUUGGACCAAUGCUGGGAAGGCCGACCCAUAUCUAUAUAAGAAAAGUCGAUCAAUGCUGGGACGGCCGACCCAUAUCCAUAUAAGAAAAGUCGACCAAUGCUGGGACGGCCGACCUAUAUUGAACGAUCGAUAAAUGCUGGGACGGUCGACCUAUAUUGAACGGUCGAUCAAUGCUGGGACGGUCGACCCAUAUUAGAACGGUCGAUCAAUGCUGGGACGGUCGCCCCAUAUUAGAACGGUCGAUCAAUGCUGGCACGGCCGACCCAUAUUAGAACGGUCGAUCAAUGCUGGGGCGGUCGACCAAUAUUAGAACUGUCGAUCAAUGCUGGGACGGCCGACUCAUAUUAGAACGGUCGGUCAAUGCUGGGACGGCCGACCCAUAUUAGAACGGUCGAUCAAUGCUGGGACGGUCGACCAAUAUUAGAACUGUCGAUCAAUGCUGGGACGGCCGACUCAUAUUAGAACGGUCGAUCAAUGCUGGGACGGCUGACCCAUAUUAGAACGGUCGGUCAAUGCUGGGACGACCGACCCAUAUUAGAACGGUCGAUCAAUGCUGGGACGGUCGACCCAUAUUAGAACAGUCGAUCAAUGCUGGGACGGCCGACUCAUAUUAGAACUGUCGAUCAAUGCUGAGACGGCCGACCCAUAUUCGAACGGUCGUUCAAUGCUGGGACGGCUGACCCAUAUUAGAGCAGUCGAUCAAUGCUGGGACGGCCGACCCAUAUUAGAACAGUCGACUAAUGCUGGGACGGCCGACCCAUAUUCGAACGGUCAGUCAAUGCUGGGACGGCGGAUCGAUGAGAAAUGCAACUACAUGUGCAGCUUAUUAUAACAUUCGUAUGUCAUGUGAUAUAUAGUGAUGUCAUAGGAUACCAUUAUUUGUUAUGCAAAUGUAUUUACUUAAACAUUUCGAUGAAACCAGAUUAAUGUCGGGACUAUUUUCCAUCAUACCCUACGUCGAUCAUAUUUUAUUAAUUAAUAUUUUAUUUUAUAUAAAUAUUGAGUACAGGAUUGUCCAUGUUAUGCUUACGUGGAAUUGUUCAUAUACAUUUAUUAUAUUUGUAUUUUAUACAUUCAGAUGUUAUUUUAUAAUCAUUUUGUGGAUAAAAGUGAUACAGAAAUAUGCCUAAAUCGUUGCUGAAAUGUUUUGUAUCCUAUUUUAAACAAGAAGUUACAGCAUCGUGUAAAUAAUUAGCGGAACUGAAAAAAGCCCGCAAAGAAGACAUGUUUUUUCCAUACCGAUCACUUUAUUCAUAUCCUCAUGCAGAACUACGUUCAUGUACAACAAAAGGUCACGAUGAAUGACACCUGAGUGACAUGGCCUAAACUUACCAUAAACGCAUUUACAAAUAAGAACAUCAAAAUAAAAUAAAUUAACAGAAACUUUAAGUUAAAACUUUAUUUAAAGGGCAUACAGAUCUAAAAAGAAUGAUGUCGCAAAUACAGAAAUGAAGAUUUCCCGUCCGAGUGAUGGUUGGUUGUCAUGCUUAUCUAACUCGAGUUAUUUUCAAAUUGUAUAAAAACACGGGUUAAAAUGUCUACGUUAAGCGAAUAACUGGAAAGUAAAUAUUCAAAUUAUAUAAAAACACGAGGUUCACAUGUCUACUUUAAGCGUUUUACCGGAAAGUAAAUGUUCAAACUGCAAAAGACAAGGGUUAAAAUGUCUACGUUAAGCGUAUUACCGGCAAGUGCACUUCAGUAGUUUACAUAUAUUGUAUCAUCAACCGUUUUAGGUUGCUCUCCUUUAUAAGUCACGAUUUUAUUUUAAAUAUGAAUGACGGGCUGUUGAUAUGCCAGUAUUAAUAACAAAAAUGAUUUCCGCGUCAAAUCACAGAUUUAAUACAGCCGUAGUAGUCCUUCUCGUCAAAGCUUACAUUGUAUGAUUUGUGUACCCGCGUGGUGAGGUUGGGACAUAGGAUGCUCUAAGUUAUUUCCUAAGAUUAUUGUUUAUUACAAUUAUUUGCAUAUCACUUGAUAAUACGCACCAAAAUCUAGUAUGUGUGGUAUUUGUUUGUUUUCUGUUAGUAAUCAUUCCAGAUAUUAAGUAAGGCUUAAGUUAGCUUUACAAGUAAAAUACUUUUACUAAUGGAACGUUAAGGAACAUUGGUUUUAAUAAUAACAGUCAACGUUUGUAUAGCGCCCCAUAUAAUUUGAAAAAAUACCCUUAGGCGCUACAUACGUUACUCGUACGUAAAUCUCUGAAGCAAAGUAAUUAAAUUUAUUAAUCAAGGUACAUAGUCGCUAUAUAAAAUAAGAGUGAAGUUAUUAUGGUUGAUACAUGUGAUUCCUCCGUAAAACAAAACAAAAAU